AUCCCCCACCUUUUUUCUGUCCCCAUAUCCCUUCCCUUCCUUCAGCACAAGCGCAGGCGUUGACCGCCCCUUCAUCAGUCCAAAGCGCACUUUUCGUUCCUCAGCUCGGGCUUUUACUGUACUUCAUCUUCGCUUGACGCGAACUUGCGCUGCGCUGCACACCAACAACGCCGGUCGUCUAUCACACCAACAUCGCGAAAUACAUAACCUUGACAUCCACCGGAAACCUUCGAAGCAAGCAUGAUCUCCCGCAAACUUAUUGUUGCCUGGUCCUUCCUUCUCUUUUGCCUCGCAGCAGCGGGCAUAGUCUCCCUUGUCCUGGGCAUCGUUUGGAAACAACCCAACCUCCUGAUCAACCUCUUCAUUUCUGUCUCCGACACAAAUGCUGGUAUUGCCAUGGGGGUCACGUUCCUUGUGACCUCACUCUUCGCGGUGCUCGCUAUCAUGCAGCCCAAUGCAUCCACCACCCUCCUGCAUGUCCUUAACUGGAUGCUCGUUGGAGUUGGCCUCGAGGUCGUCUCCAUCGGUACUUUCAUCUGGUACUAUACCCUCACCGAAAAAACCGACUUCGACGAACUGUGGGUGAUACAGCCACAGGACAGUAUUGUCCAGCUGCAGAACAUGUUCUCCUGCUGUGGCUACUUCAACGGCACCGACCACGCGGUCUACCAAGGUUUCUGCGCCAACAUGCAGCAAGCGAUGAAUAGCACUGGAUGCUUCGUUCCACUCACUGGUGCAGCAGACGUAAUGCUCAACGACGUCUUCUCCACCGUCUACGGCUUCAUGUUCAUCGUGAUCCUCUUCUUCCUCGCCACCGCAUGCGUGAUCAACAAGCGCCUCGAGGCAGAGCGGUUUCGGAAGAUCGACGAGAAGCGCGGGGGGAGUGGGUUCGUAUAAUCGAAGAAAGGACAGUCCGUACUCUUACCUUCACUCUUUUUGUUCUCUGCUUCAAACAUUCCAAACGCGGUCUCAUUCGCCUUCUCUUUGCCUGAAUGGCCCCUCCUUGGUAUCUGCUAUAAUCAACAGCGCGAUGUAUCCGGACGCUCUCUGUAUCUCCCAAACCAACAAUUCUUUAUGAGGAUCGCAUCGCAGGACACCAUCACCAAUAAAAUCCAUUAAAUGGUGUGGCAUCUUUCUAAUGCAAUAUCAGGGAGAGAGGACACAGCGCACUGCAUCCCAGUAUCCUUUUUCUGACUGCGAUAGACGCUCUUGCACCUCCUCUUGCGUCAGCCACGCGAAGUCCUCCACGUCUUUCGUGGAACUGAUGGCUUGACCGGCCAUGAUGUGGGCUUUGAAGAAGAAAAUCUUGUCCCCCUGCCCGGCCGCCGUCUGAGGUUCACGAGUGAAAACACCAACGGGGUGUCGCCCAACUAUCCAUGUGUGCAUGUUAGGUCCACAUUCUCUUAUCAGAUCACGGGCUGCUACUUCGUGCAGCGCUUCCCGCGCGAGAACCUCUGCCUGUGGGAACCUCCAACCUUUCCCCUGUGUCUUCAGAAGUAAGAACAAACUUGUCUUCCCUCUUCUAUCCAAGCUUCUCAUGUCUCCCUUCAUAUCCGCCUCACUUACCCUGUCCAAGAGCUUCACCUUGUCCUCGCCCUCUGUUUCCUCCACCUUCUCCUCUGCACCACGCUUACUCACCCUUGCCUUAUCACCAAAAGCGGCAAUUUCUCUAUCCCUAUCUUCGAUAGCGAACCUCCGCUCGGCGACAGCACCUUUCUUGAAGUAUAACUCUCCUGAAAAUGGAUUGGCGAGUGCGCGGGCGAUACGACGGUUGUAGGCAUAGUAAGCAGACUCGAAUGAUGUGCUUUCGGAGGUGAGAAGCGGGGAGCGGGUAAGGAUCACACUGGUGAGGAGACGAUAGGGCUGAGAGGAGCCGGAGGGGGUGACGAUGACUGGUGCUGGAGGGAGAGGAGCAGACUGGG